UGUGGGUCCGUGAAGUACACGAAAACUUGGUCAACAAGCCGCCAGUGAGCGGCUUUUCAGCCCGGACUUCUUCCUCAGAUUGGACGGCGUAUUAUCGCUUCUUUGUUACACAACUCGUGCGGCCGGUGGAAGCGGAGCUGAAAGAUGCCGCUUCUCCACAGAAAACCUUUCAUCCGACAGAAACCCCCGGCGGACCUACGACCAGAAGAGGAGGUGUUUCUCUGUAAAAUCACGCACGAAAUCUUCAGGACCUACGACGAGUUCUUUGAGAGGACCAUUCUGUGUAACAGCUUGGUGUGGAGCUGUGCUCUGACGGGGCGAGCGGGACUCACUUAUCUUGAGGCAGUGGAGAGUGAGCGGCGGGCAAGGCAGAGUCUGGAGAGCUUCCCUCAGUCUUUGGUGGUGCCUCUGCUCCACCUUGCUGCUUUGAGCCAGUGCUGCAGGCUGACAGAGCUCUGUGAGGAUGUCUACACUUUUGUCAAAGACCGGUUCUUUCCUGGGGAGGUGGUGGACAUCAGUGGAUGUAACGGAGCCAGAUAUGUGUGUGAGAUCCUGCAGGUACACCUGCCUGAUUCCAGUGUUAGUCGAGCACCAGACGUUAACGGCCACGGCAAGAUGGCUGACGAUGACACGAUUGUCAUCAGUGAUAGUGAUGACGAGCACAGCGCCUUCCAGAGUUCCACAGUACAAGUCAAUGGCAGGAAGAAGUCUUUGAGUCCAUCAGUGUUCAAAUACACAGUGAGGAUGAUGAAGAACAAACACAGCGAGCCAUUCACCGUCAAAGCCAAUCAGAUCAGUCGCAAGAAAAGCGCUCUGUCCAGAGAGAGACUGAAGCUGCUCUUCAAGCAGCACUGCGAGCCUCAGAAUGGGAUCGUCACACUAAAGCCCUCCUCCAUGGCAAAGUACCAGCUGUCUAAACAGACCUUCUCUCAGUUCUUUCCUGACGAGCCCCCCCUAUUCUCCUUCAGCCCCUCUUCUAAAUGUGGAAGGCGUGACUCACCCGGACAGGCGAGUUCAUCUCUACUGAAAGCUGCAGAGGAGAAAUUGAAGUUGCUACAGCAGAGGGAGGAGAUGGUGGCUGCAGCUCAAGACAAAGCGCGACUGAAGAAAGAAAAGGAGGAGGUGCAAGAAGCCAAGCGGAGGGAGAGGGAGGACAAGGAAAGGCUAAGGGAGGAACAGAGACGCAGGUUUGAAGAGGAGAAGCAGAGGAGGAGGGAGGAGAAGGAGCGCAGGAAGCUGGAGAAAGACCGGGAACGAGAGAAGUUAAAGGAGGAGAAGAAGAAAUACGCAGAGCAGCUGAAGCUUUGGAGCAAACCCAGAGAGGACAUGGAGUGUGAAGACCUGAAGGAGCUGCCAAGGCCAAUUCCAGUGAAAACCCGGCUUCCAGCAGAGCUCUUUGGAGAUGCUCUGAUGGUUCUGGAGUUCCUGCAGGCCUUUGGUGAGGCCUUUGACCUGAAGGAUGAGUUCCCUGAUGGGGUCUCUCUGGAGGUUCUGGAGGAGGCUCUGGUGGGUUCUGAUCCUGAGGGUCCUCUGUGUGAGCUGCUGUUUUUCUUCCUGACAGCCAUCUUUCAGGCUCUAGAUGAGGAGCAGGAAGAGGUAGCCGCAGACCAGGUUGAAGACCUGACAGACGCUCUGGAUGACGAUUCUGACCCCACGUGUUCGGCUCUGAGUGCUAUCGCCUCAUUGGCUGCAGCUUGGCCUCAGCUGCAUCAGGGCUGCAGUCUGAAGCAGCUCGACCUAGACAGCUGCACGCUGUCUGAAAUCCUGCGCCUGCACAUUUUGGCAUCUGGUGCUGACUGUAACCACGGGAAUGCAAAGUUCCGCUACCAGAAGCAAGGCGGGUUCACCGUAAUGGACGACCCUUGUGUGGAGCUGCGACUGGCAGAUCCAGCGCUGCUGAAGAAGCUGUCAUCCACGGCAGUGUAUGACCUCACCCCAGGGGAAAAGCUGAGGAUCCUGCAGGCUUUGGUGGGGAAGGUGCUGACAUUGGCGUCCAGCAGAGACUUGAUUGAAGACUGUGUGGAGGAGCAGCGAGCGGCGAGGCACGAACUGAGGGAGAUUAGAGCUGAGCAGCACCGUAGGGAGAGGGAGGAGGCUGCACAUAGGGUUCGUCUCCGUAAGGAGGAGAAGAUGAGAGAGCAGGAGCAGAGGAUGAGGGCGAAAGAGGAGAAGAUGAAGGAACAGGAGCUCAAGGGACGACUUCAGACCAAUGGUGACUCGUGUACAGAACAUCACACUGGAAAUGAAGAGGAGCAGAGCAGCAAGAUAAUGAAAGCCAAAGGAAACCAGAAAGAACAGCAGCAGCAGACGGCGUCUGACCUGAAACGUCCCACCAGCCUGACGGCAGAGGAGCUGGAGAGAGAGCAGGAGAAGGUCAGAGAGCUGCAGGAAUGCAUCCAGAAAGCUGCAGCCUGCACCUGCCUGUUGCCUUUGGGUAGAGAUCGUCUGUAUCGCCGAUACUGGCUGUUCCCUUCAGCCUCCGCCCUUUUUGUGGAGGCAGACCACUUCGGCCUGACCGAGGACAUGCUGCAGCCUAGCCCAAAACCUGACCAGGACACAAGCACCACCAAGGUGGAGAAAGGAGAGGAAAUGGCCAAGGAUAAAGCAGCUAGUACAGGCCCACCAAUCAACCAGUCCAACCAGUGGUCCUUCUACAGUUCACUGGAGGAGGUUGAUCAUCUAAUCGAGGCUCUGAAUCCUCGAGGUCACCGAGAGAGCAGCCUGAAGGAGGCGCUGCUGCAGGAGAGAGAGAGGCUGCAGCACCUGCUGAAGAGCUGUGACAGAAACAAAUACAAGCACACAGAGGAUCAAGAGUCAUCCCAGGCACUCCCAGAAUGCACUGCUGCAGCUGAGUCUAUGAUGGAGGUGAGACUCAGAGAGCUUCUGCUGGAUAUUGAGGACCGGAUCCACCAGGGAACUCUGGGAACUCUGAAGGUGAUGGAUAGACAGGUAUGGCGCUUGGCGUUAGAAGCUGGAAAUUAUGAGCUGCUCGCUUCUGAUGGCAGAGAGAACACGGGGAUGAACGGAAGAGUGGAGACCAUGGAGGUGGACUCUGCCCACCUGAGAGCCAGAGACAGGCUUCAGGAGGUGAAGUCUGACAGCUCUGCAGCGUAUGGGUCCAGCGGCAGUGGAACUCCUCAGGUGGUCAGCAACUCUGUACGAAUCCUGGCUCAGGCUCUUACCAACAUUGAGCAAGGCAUCGAGAGACGCUUCCUCAAAGCUCCGCUCGCUGAUGAAGACUCAAAGAAGGACCAUAAGAUGAAGAACAAAAAGAAGAAAGAUGAGGACCAAGCCAGUGAUGAUGGCAGCGACUGUGGUAGAGUCAGUAAAACGGUGUUGGAGCGAUGGAGGGAAUCUCUGCAGUCCUGCUCCAGCCUGUCUCAGGUCAGAUUAUUACAUACCCCAUCUCAGUUAUGUUCACUGCGUUUAUUUUAUCUUAAUGAAAAUCUGUUUAUGGUCAUGCAAGUUCUUCUUCCACCUCAGAUAUGUUUAUUGAGCUGUUCACAUGUUUGUAUGACAGAGUGGAAUUUACAGAAUCAACCGUAUAUACAAAAGUCAAAGCUUGAACAUGACCGGUUUAACCUGCUGUGUACUUCCAGGGUUCGUCUCCGUAAGGAGGAGAAGAUGAGAGAGCAGGAGCAGAGGAUGAGGGCGAAAGAGGAGAAGAUGAAGGAACAGGAGCUCAAGGGACGACUUCAGACCAAUGGUGACUCGUGUACAGAACAUCACACUGGAAAUGAAGAGGAGCAGAGCAGCAAGAUAAUGAAAGCCAAAGGAAACCAGAAAGAACAGCAGCAGCAGACGGCGUCUGACCUGAAACGUCCCACCAGCCUGACGGCAGAGGAGCUGGAGAGAGAGCAGGAGAAGGUCAGAGAGCUGCAGGAAUGCAUCCAGAAAGCUGCAGCCUGCACCUGCCUGUUGCCUUUGGGUAGAGAUCGUCUGUAUCGCCGAUACUGGCUGUUCCCUUCAGCCUCCGCCCUUUUUGUGGAGGCAGACCACUUCGGCCUGACCGAGGACAUGCUGCAGCCUAGCCCAAAACCUGACCAGGACACAAGCACCACCAAGGUGGAGAAAGGAGAGGAAAUGGCCAAGGAUAAAGCAGCUAGUACAGGCCCACCAAUCAACCAGUCCAACCAGUGGUCCUUCUACAGUUCACUGGAGGAGGUUGAUCAUCUAAUCGAGGCUCUGAAUCCUCGAGGUCACCGAGAGAGCAGCCUGAAGGAGGCGCUGCUGCAGGAGAGAGAGAGGCUGCAGCACCUGCUGAAGAGCUGUGACAGAAACAAAUACAAGCACACAGAGGAUCAAGAGUCAUCCCAGGCACUCCCAGAAUGCACUGCUGCAGCUGAGUCUAUGAUGGAGGUGAGACUCAGAGAGCUUCUGCUGGAUAUUGAGGACCGGAUCCACCAGGGAACUCUGGGAACUCUGAAGGUGAUGGAUAGACAGGUAUGGCGCUUGGCGUUAGAAGCUGGAAAUUAUGAGCUGCUCGCUUCUGAUGGCAGAGAGAACACGGGGAUGAACGGAAGAGUGGAGACCAUGGAGGUGGACUCUGCCCACCUGAGAGCCAGAGACAGGCUUCAGGAGGUGAAGUCUGACAGCUCUGCAGCGUAUGGGUCCAGCGGCAGUGGAACUCCUCAGGUGGUCAGCAACUCUGUACGAAUCCUGGCUCAGGCUCUUACCAACAUUGAGCAAGGCAUCGAGAGACGCUUCCUCAAAGCUCCGCUCGCUGAUGAAGACUCAAAGAAGGACCAUAAGAUGAAGAACAAAAAGAAGAAAGAUGAGGACCAAGCCAGUGAUGAUGGCAGCGACUGUGGUAGAGUCAGUAAAACGGUGUUGGAGCGAUGGAGGGAAUCUCUGCAGUCCUGCUCCAGCCUGUCUCAGGUGUUUGUUCACCUGUCCAGUCUGGAGCGAAGUAUCCUGUGGUCUCGCUCCAUUCUCAACGCCCGCUGUCGCAUCUGUAGAUGCAAAGGAGAUGCAGACAACAUGGUGCUAUGUGACAGCUGUGACAGAGGACACCACACCCACUGUCUGAGGCCACGCAUGAAGUCUGUUCCAGAAGGUGAAUGGUUUUGUCCAGACUGUCGACCCAAACAGAGAUCCAACCGCCUCCCAUCCCGUCAGCGCUCGUCUAUUGACGAGGAGGAGGAAAGAGACUAUGAUGAUGAGGAAGAGGAGGAGGAAGAGUCUGAAGAGGAGGAGGAGGAGGAAUCUGAAGAAGAGUCAGAGGAGGAAGAGGAGGAAGAAGUUGUCGUGAACCCUAAGAAGAGGCAGACUCCACUCCCCAAGGGCAAGAGCCAACAGGCCACACCCAAGAACAGCAUCACCACGUCAGGGAAAAACACAUCAGCCUCCAAAUCCUCAGGGAAAAAGCCCAUAACCCCUCCGGCCUCUGAUGGGAAAAUUCCAACCCGCUCCAGGAGUCGGACUGGUGCUCAUGUGAGCCAUGAGAACGUGGAGCCAAACAGUCACAUAAGCAAACGCAGCACCAAAACUUCACCAGCUCAGAGCGAGUCUCGCAAGAGGUCAUUAACAGAAACCGCCGCUCCUCGUAAACUGUCCAGACCCAUCCUGCCUGUCCUUCCCUCGUCACACUCUCCAGGAGCCUCCUCAUCGUCCUCUAACCGUCGUUCCUCUGGGAGGAACCAAGGAGUACACGAGCUGUCUGCCUGUGAACAGCUGACAGUGGAGCUAGUCAGACAUGAAGACAGCUGGCCCUUCAUGAAGCUGGUGUCCAGAACCCAGGUUCCAGAUUACUAUGACAUCAUUAAGAAGCCGAUUGCGCUGAACACCAUCAGAGAGAAAGUCAACAACUGUGAAUACCAGACUGCAGGCGAGUAUAUCUCAGAUGUGGAGCUGAUGUUCUCCAACUGUCUUCAGUAUAAUCCUCGUCACACUAAUGAGGCGAAGGCCGGACAUCGACUGCAGCGGUUCUUCCACGCUGAGCUGAGCAGACUUGGCCUAUUGGAGCACGGCUCUGCCCUGCCCACCAAACGCUCCCGACACUGAAGCAGACGCACUCCUGUCACCUUCACCGCCGUCCAGGGACUGGAAAGAGGAGACAGAUGUAGAAGUUGCAGUUGUUUUGUUCCCGAAGGACUGAAAAGGUGUCAAAAUAUAUUAGCAACCUGUGUGCUCCGUUAAGCAAAGGGAUAACGGGGGGCAAAGGUCAGCAGAACCAUUAAAUUAAUGUUAAAAAGA